GUGACUAAACUUGGAAACUGGGUUGCUGCUUCAAUUCCGGCUAUUCCAUCUUCGGCGAUCCUCGCUGAUGCCUACAUAAAGAUUGGCAACUGAGAUGCGGGGUCUUUCCUGUGACGGUCUGCGUUCUCUGCGCCUCUGUCAUUCGCGCCGUCAUGGUCCACCCUACCCGGCUUGUCUGCACGCUUCUUGCAGCGUCUUUGGCAAUCCCGGCAUCUGCGAGUCCCAAAGCACCAUGGGUAAAAGGUCCCGGCAAACGCCCUGUGACGCGCCGCGAAGCUGCGAUCAACCAGUCCAGGCGUGAUCAACCGUGGAACGAGACCGACUCAUGUGGUACUGGUGUCAGUAACUACACCGUCAAAGCGCCGAAGAAGAACAUCUGGCUUGGAUUGACGGAAGCGGAAGUAGCGGGUAUCACGGAAUUUGUACACAACCAGAAAUCGCUCAACUUGACAGCGGUCGAGAAUGCAACGAAUUGGGACAACUCACUACUCUUGGUUGAGCUCAUGCUUCCCAACAAGACGGAUGCCUUGAACUACUUCGACGGAGGUGGAGCCGAGCCUGCUCGCCACGCUCACAUCGAGGUUGAUCACCGCGCUUCUGUUCACAAUCCUGCCUAUCUGGAUUACAUCGUUGGACCGCUGCCCAUCAGCAACAAGACCACGGUCGAGCCUCUGGCAUGGCCGUAUACCAAGGGUCCAGGCAGUUCCCACAACUAUGCCGCUGAUGACGACGCUCGGAACGACUUUAUGAAUAACUUCGGCGCUGAAUUGGCAGAUAUCACUCGCGCGCUCUGGAAUGGGACUGCGAUGGGUCUUGAUAACGACACAAUGAGCAUCUGGGGCAUCGAUCCUCUCUUCCAAGAAGAUGGACGCACCAUUUCCUGGGACACAUUCUGGAACAACAAUAAUGACGUAUACGACGAUUCGACGCUGCUCCCCCUUGGCCUGUUCCUCAAGCCCGACAUCACCGGUCGCGACCCGAGCCAGUGGUCGAACCAAGGUGUCCUGUACAAUGGCGAAUUUUACGACACUAUAGACGAUUUCAAGAGCGCAUUUUAUUCGGGUAACAUUCAAACUUUUGGCCCGAACGAGGAUGAGGAAUGGGGUCGAACGGACCAGCGCGGACCGGUCAAUCCAACGGACUGGCAAUCUCCUCCCAUGCUCAUACAACCGGCGGGCCAACGCUUCCAAGUUGAUGUGGAGCAGCAAUACGUUCAGUGGAUGGACUUUGAGUUUUAUAUCGCCUUCACCCGCGACACAGGGAUCAAGCUUUUCGACAUCAACUUCAAGGGCCAGCGCAUCAUUUACGAGAUUGGUUUGCAAGAAGCUCUUGCUCAUUACGGUGCCAAUGACCCUGUCCAGUCUGGCACUGCUUAUCUUGAUUCGUACUAUGGCUUUGGUCCCUACGCGUUCGAACUGGUCAAUGGAUAUGACUGCCCGAGCUAUGCUUUCUACCUCAAUUCGACUUUCUACGCAGAUGAGACUACAAGAACUCACUUGAACAACAUCUGCUUGUUUGAGCAAGACGCCGGACAUCCCAUUCAACGCCAUUCCAGCAGUCAAUAUGUCACAAUCACUCGCAAUAUCUUCUUCACUGUUCGUACUGUAUCGACCGUCGGCAACUACGAUUACAUGCUGGACUACACCUUCUACAUGGACGGAUCGCUGCAUGUCACAGUUCGUGCAAGUGGGUAUAUUCAGUCUGCCUACUUUGCGAACAACGAGGAAUAUGGCUUCCACAUUCACGAGUAUCUCUCCGGAAGCAUGCAUGAUCAUGUGCUGAACUUCAAGGUUGACCUGGAUAUCCUCGGAGAGAAGAACAGCUUACAAAACGUUUCAUUCGUUCCGGCUACUGUCGAGUAUCCGUGGUCAAAUGGAAAGACGCGCAAUACGAUGAAGCUCGAAAAGUCCUUCGUGACUACAGAGACCGGGAUUGACUACCCGUACAAUUCUGCGGCCCUGUUUGCUGUCGUCAAUAAGGACAAGCCAAACAAGUACGGAGAGCUCCCUGGGUUCCGUGUUCUCCCAUCAACCGCACCGGUGCAUCUGACAGUGAACGCAGCCCAUUGGGCAGAACGUAACUUCUGGGUGACGAAACAAAAAGAUACCGAGCCGCGCUCUUCGCAUCCGUUCAAUAAUCAGGAUGUUGCUGAUCUGGUCGUCAAUUUCUCAAAGUUCGUGGAUGACGAGUCGAUUGAACAGGAAGAUCUCGUACUCUGGAUCAACGCCGGCAUGCACCAUGUGCCCCACACCGGCGAUCUCCCCAACACCGUCUUCAGCACUGCAUGGGGGUCGCGUAUCAACUACCACAACGGGAACGUAACCGAGGUCGCCACGUUCGGCUCUGAGACGAUCCAGCCGGAGUGUACCGUCGAUCUGAGGGACUCGUUUACCGACCUGUGGGAUUAUACGGGGGAUGUGGUGGUUAGGAAAUUCCCGUAUGAUCCGAAUGACCCGUUCUUUAACACGCAGAGUAUCGUCAAGCGGGAUGAGGAUCUCUGA